UCGGCCAUUGUUUGGAACUACGAGACGAAGCGAAGCGAACGACGACCCAACACCCAAGCGAUGGAGGCCUAGUAUUAUCGAUUAAAAAUAGCUGUCAGACGAAAAGUAUUCCGCCUCUGUCGGCUUGGACAUUUGCGUCAAGAUUUCGUCGUGCCGAACUAGUUCGUGGCCCGUGGUCGGUGUCUUCGUUCUGUGUAGGACUCGAGGUUUAUCCGCGGUGAAGGGAGACGGAUCUGCCCGGGAGUACACGCGUCACAGCCACAAUAGGCCCAAGCCGUACCAAGCCUGAGCGUGCCAACAGUGUGCGGCAAGUAACAAGUGGGAGGAGUGGACGUGCUUCUUGUCGCCGGCAUUGCGUUCGACCAAAAUAUGAAUGGCGAUAUGAUGGUGGGCAUCAAGCGUGGUCCUGAAGAGUUUCGCAGCAACACCAGCAAUGGCUCGGGUCCGAAUUCGACGGAUAGCGACUCGAAGAAGAUGAAGCUGGAGGGCAAGCCCUCCCGUGUCAUUCACGUAGGCAACAUUCCGCACGACACAACAGAUGCCGAAGUUGUGCUUCUGGGUGUGCCUUUCGGCCGUGUGACCAACGUGUUGGUGCUUCGAAGCAAGAAUCAAGCUUUUCUGGAGAUGGCCGAUGAAACAGCUGCGUCAAAUCUAGUGCAGAAAUAUUCCCAGACCCAACCUCAGAUCCGUGGGCGGGCGGUGUACACACAGUUCUCCAACCACCGUGAGCUCAAGACUGACAGUCCCUCUAACGCUCUCUUGAGCCAAGGAGUUCAGCAGGCUAUAAUUGCAGGAAAUGGGAUUGAAUCUGGUGCCGACAAUGUUAAUACAGUUCUACGAGUCAUUAUUGACAAUAUGAUUUGUCCGGUGACGCUUGAUGUUCUGCACCAGAUAUUUUCUCGCUGUGGAAAGGUGCUUAAAAUAGUUACUUUUACCAAGAAUAAUACUUUCCAAGCAUUGAUCCAGUUUUCCUCGGAUCGUGAGGCGCAGGCAGCCAAAGUCAGUCUUGAUGGUCAAAAUAUUUACCAUGCCUGCUGCACUCUCCGCAUUGAUUUCUCUAAGAUGAGUAACCUCAAUGUUAAAUUCAAUAAUGAAAAGAGCAGAGAUUUCACCAACCCCACCCUGCCAGCUGGAGAAGGUAUGGAUAAUGUGAACCCCAACAGUUUGUCAGGAGCUGCAGGUCUUCUGGGAGCACCAUUUAGUGUUGGUUUAGGAGGCCAACUGAAUGGGGCUAAUGGCUCUCCACUGGCUGGUGUUGGGUCAAGCCUGUCCCUGCUAGGAGGUUUUGCUCUGCCGACUAACAAUGCCACUGCAACACCUGUUCUACUUGUCACCAGCUUGGACGAGCACACUGUCACCCCAGACCAUCUGUUUACCUUGUUUGGUGUGUAUGGUCAUGUAUUACGUGUGAAGAUUCUGUACAGCAAGAAAGACUGUGCUUUAGUUCAGAUGGCUGAUCCCAGUCAAGCACAGAAUGCUCUGACGCAUUUGGACAAGAUCCGUGUGUUUGGAAAGCAAAUUCAUGUGAUGCCUAGCAAGUACCUUUCAGUUCAACUUCCAAGAGACGGCCAGCCAGAUGCGGAGCUGACAAAGGACUUCACAGCAUCCCCAAGACACAGAUUCAAGCAGCAUAAUUCAAAGAAUUACCAAAAUUGUCAUCCACCUACCCAGGUGCUUCAUCUGUCGAAUAUUCCGCCAAGUGCUACUGAGGAAACUCUAAAGGAAGAGUUCACAAACCAUGGGUUUGAUGUAAAGGCCUUCAAGUUCUUCCCUAAGGACCACAAAAUGGCCCUUAUUCAGUUACCUACAGUUGAAGAUGCGGUAGAUGCUCUUAUCAAAAUGCACGACUUCAUGUUUGAAGGUAACAACAUAAGGGUAUCAUUCUCUAAGUCACGUAUUUAAAGUGAUUUAUUGGGACAGGGUCAGAGUAUUUUAUUUUAACUUAAGCUAAAAUUCUCUGUAUAAAGUUACUGCCUUGUAGCACUACAAAAUUUACCUGGCUGACAAAUGUUUUGACUGACUUCUGUUUGAGCGGCUUUUGGCUGUUGAAGACUUUAUACUUGCCUUUCUGCUUUGUAUGACAAGUUUGAUUGUGAUUAACAUCUUAAAUAUCAUUUGUAGUUUAAGAUGUUUCAGUUUUUUUAUGCCCAUGGUAAUAUUCAUCAAAUCUAAAUGUCUUAACUAAAGGUAUAGCUUUUUCACAAAUAUUCUAUGUUUGCACUGAUAUGAAGCAGUAGAGGCUGUUACGGGCACAAUCCAGACUGAUCUUAAUAGACUCUGCUGCUACUGCUGUGCAACUUUAUUGUUGUAUGAUUGGGCACAUCAGCACAUGCAGUAAUUUAUACAUUAUUUUUAACAUUGUCAUACAUAUCCUUAGUUCCUUUAAGAUUUGUAGUAGCUUGCAUGACCCUGUCCCUAAGUGUUUUUCAGGUUAUUAUUAUGUUAAGGUCUUUAUUUUAGUGAAGCUGUCUAGUUUUCAGUUUCUGGUGAGUUGAUAAGACUAGUGGAAUAUGUGUGGAAUUAGGACUCAACUUGUUUUGUAUUAUAUUAUACCUAUAUUUAGCAAUUGGCAAACUAAGUACCUUAUUAGGGAAUAGUUUCCCUUGCUCUAAAAUUUGGUGUGUUCAAUAGAUUGCGAUCUCCAUGUGGUCUGAUUUCAAAUCCUAUUAGCAACUGAGUGCAGACCAGAAUAUAUUCCAAUAACUUGUACAUACAGAUUGCUGUAAUAGCUGCUCCUCUGUGAGCUGUUAAUUGUUGUCAGUUUUUAUUUGCCCCAUUCUCAUUCCAAGAUGGCCGAUAAUUGGCUGCUAUGAUUUUAAUGCCAUAUGUUCAUUGAAACUCAGAGCAUGAAAUAUUGUGAAAUGGUAAAAUCUGCCAAAUACACUUAUCAGUGAAUCAUUCUGGCGGCUGUGACUGAAAGACUCAAACCUGUUUAAAUGGCUUGACAUUUUUGACUUGCACUUAAGGCAAGGUACCGAUGCAGAGAGGGGGCCAAUGAAAAUGGAUAACCAUUCAUUCUGUGGUUGAGCCCAACUUUUACUUGCAGUUGGUGUUUCAGCUGACCUCAGUACAAAACUUGAGUGCAUGGUUGCAUUUUGUGUGAAUCUGUGCGAAUUGGCUGGGCAAAAAUGCAGGCAUUUGUAUUGCCAUUUAUCCCUGCUGUCCAAAUUAUUUUCUUACAUGAACUUCUUGGAGAUUGUUCACUUUUUUUUUCUUGUGCCGUGGAAAUGUAGGAUCAGAUGUCUUAAUGUCUUCUUUUCUUUCUUUUUUCUUGAAACUUUAUUUUCUUGUUUAAAUCCUCAGGAAUCUAAUUAAGUCCCAAUUUUUUUACCGGGAAGUCUUAGUUUAUGCUCAGUGAUACAAGUGAUGCUAGAAAUUUUUUACUAUCUCAGCAGAGUGUUGCUAGAACUCCCAUUUAGCUUCAUCCUUAACAGAGAACACAAAAUCUUUCCUGAAUAUAUAUAAAUAUAGCUUCAUGAUUAUUCUGCAACUUAGUUAUUUUUUUAUUGGCUUUGUACUUUUCUCUGAAAAGUAUUAAAUUUACAAAGUACCACGUAUUUAUGGUACAAAUAUAAUGUUAAGAUUUUCUAAAUUUUUGUUACUUUUAUGGUAUUGACAUAUCCUCAAGCCUUGGUGCGGAACAUGUGUUGGUGUUAUUCGGUGUGUUAUUUAGACUUGGUGAGCAAUUCUGUAUUGCUUUGGAUUUGGAGGGUAUUUUUAUUUAUUAGAUUAGUAAAGCAGCGCUUAAGGCCAACUUUUUUUGUUGAGAUACUUGCUUUGUUUCUUUCUUGUUUCAUAUUUUAAAAUUGUUUUUGAAUGUGUCGAUAAUAGAAAACUUAACUGUGAAGAGUGACCUCUUGUUCCUUCAUCGGAAAGUUGACCUUCAGCUCUGUAACGGAGAAUGUAGGACUUUAUAAGUAUUUUUCGUUUAAAAUUUGUGUUUUUAUCUUCAUUAUUUUGUGUGUGUUCCAUCUUUUUGUCUAUUGAACACUAAUUAAAUCCACCUUAUUUAAUUUCUUCAAUUUCACACUAUGUUGAUGCUUGUUUCCCUCUUGCCCGAUUAUUCCACAAGUGUACAUUUAAUGAUCUGCCUUUUCUUGCAUUGUUACCUACAUUUUGUGUACUGUUUUGAUGGGAGAAUCACCUGAAUUUAUGUGGCGUUUCCUCCUGUGCAAUCGUUUUAAGUCAAAUAUUCUUUAAAUGUAAGUUAUUUGGUUUGUUUUCCUUAUGUGAGGAUUGUGAAGGUGUUAUUUCUUGUUACUGUUUCCCUACAUUCUCUUGUAUAUCAGCAGUGGACCAUUAGGAUAUUUAGGCCUAUGAAGUAUUUAAAGUGGCGACUAUCUGGUAGCUUAGCAGCUUGUAGCAUUCUCUUUUUUACGGAAGUGUUUUGAAAGCAUAGGACCAUUGUUGCCAAUCAGUGUUGUCUACAUGAUGUGAGUGUUUUGUUGCCUUAGCAGCUGAAUGGCUACAGUAGACCAAUGGGUGUGGUUGUGCUUAAUUAUACAGUAUUAUGAGGAAUAAUGGGAUGGAUAGAAAAUCAAAAACUUCUCAUGGUAUAAGAUAAAUAUUAUUCAGUUUGGCCAAAUCUUUAUUGACACAAAUCAUAUUAUAUUAUGUAUUGUAUAUUAGUGUAGUAUUGGAUUAUCCAUAUCUUUUGCUUUAGUGAUGUUCUCGGCUAAUGGUCAUUAAUUUAAAUUAUUUUGUUGGAUGUAUAGAUAUAUAUAUAUGUAGAUGACCUAAAUUAUACUAAAACUCAUUACCAUUGUUCUAUUUACUUUGUCUUAUUAAGCCGGUAAAUUGGUGGCAACUUUGUGGUCUUUUCAGUUAAGUGUGUCCUGCUUCCAAUCUUGUCUCUGAUCCUUGCUUUCUUGUUUCAUGAAAACUAUGACCUCUAUCUCUCUCUCCCUCCCUCCCUCUGUCUGUCAUACUUUAGGACCGUUCACAUUUUCCAGUACGUACCAAUCUUUUUGUUUGUUUUUUGGUCUUUUUGCGGUUUUGAAGAGAAAUAAUGCACAAUGUAAAAUGAAAAUUGAAUAAAUGUCUGAACUAAGUCUUGUCUUGCUGUCUUCUGUCUUCCUAUCUGUCUAUUCUUUUCCAGCUUUUCCAUUUACAUCUACUCUUGACUUCAUAUAUGGCCUAACCAUCCUUCUCUGGUCAUUUACCUCCAUACCUGUUCUAAUUCUUCACAUUGGGAGGUUUUAUAAUUUGAAGUAUAUUUUUUUUACUCAUUUCUGUUCAUUUUGAGCUAUUGCCCCUGUCUGUGAUAUUUUGACUCCCAACAUUUCACCUUUUAUUUACAAAUUCAUAGAGACUUAAAUUAGAGAUGUUUUAAGAUAACUGUUUAAUUGAAACUUAAAUGGGAUGAAGGUUGGUGAAUUUUCCCAUCAAUGAUCUUAAAUGAUUCAUAUGAGAGUUGGAUGGUUUCUGAAGUUGCUCUUUUUCCUUUGUUUGGCAUAUUCCUUAAUUCUGUGUUUACUUCUCUGCCCUUUCAUCUUUCUCUCUCUUUGUCUGAGUCUAUCAUAGUUUCUUAUUUGAAUUAUGUCGAAUUAAGAAUAGGAUUGAUUUCUAUGCAGAGUAAAUUGUCUUCAUUUCUUGCCACUUUGAUUUUUAACUGCUGCUUGUUUACAUAAGAUCACAGGCUGUGGUUUGUAAGGCUUCCUCGCUAUUUAUUAUUAUGUGAGUGAGGUGUUCUUCUGAGUAGAUUUAGUUAUGGAGCAUAAACCUUUGGCUGUGGGUGAGUGAGAGAGACAGGGUCAUCCCUCCUUUUUUUUCUCCUUUUUUUAAAAAAUAAAUUUUGGAAAGUAUAUUUUUUACUUAUAUUUAUAGACAUCAAAGAUAUUAGCGAAUAAAAAGACUCUAGAGCUGAAACGUAAAAACAAUCAGGAACUCUAGGAUCAGGGUUCCAAGAUCCUGAGACAGGAUUUCCCUCCCCACCUCCCUCUUUUGUUAUACUUUUCAUUUGUAAUCUCCUGUGAUGCUUUUUUGAGGAGCUGAAGACUGUUAAUAAAGAUGCACUCUAGCUGCAGAGUGCUUAAUCAGA